AUGUCUUUCGGCAGAUAUGCCUACAGGCGCACUAUCCAGCCUUCGUCCAAUGUGCUAAUUGAUCAUAUAUGGAUCAGCGAAGAUCUCCUGUCGUCUACCUUUCGGCGGUUCGCAAACGGUCAACGACGCUAUGAGAGCCGAGUGCCGGGUCCAAUGGAGGCGAAGAGGCGGUUGGCCAAACGGCGGAAUACGGCAUUCGCUGGUAUAGCUGGGUCGGGAGCUUUGGAUGAUGUUGCGUGUUUGUUUGGGCGCAAUGGUCGGGAACAUAUGAAAUGGAGCGAUAGCCAAUUGGGAAGAGGGACUUCCGAGGCUCCGAAUUCUGACUUUUAUCGAUCCGCUUCUUCCUCGUCUGCGUCUCCUCUACCGUUUUACAGUGAGAAUAUCGAUCCAAGCGAGUCCUUCGGCCAGCCUCAUUGGCAGCGAGGUUCGGGUCCGCCGACAGACGAAGCCCCCCGAGGAAUAAGUUUGAAAGAGUCCUUGCGGGGCUGCUAUACCGUGACUGCUAUCAAGAAUGUGAUUCAGAGACUGGGCGUGGAUCCUCAGAGGGACCCAGCCGCCAGCCGCGUGAUAUUCGAGCAUUUGUUGUCGCAUUCUAGCGAGCAAGAACUCAUCGUCUUCCUGAACGACAUAACUUUGAAUAUUCCGGGAGCGGGCAAUUUUCUGACUGCGGUCAAAGACCUGGAUUUUCGAGAAACUGGUCUAACAGAACCGCUCGUUCUUUGGGAUAUCGUGGUUAGGGCGCUUGAGCUUGGGCUCAUUCGCUCAGAUGAACUUGCAGCAAUCGUCGAAGUUUUACCAAACCAAGUUGGCGAAGACAGCAAUGGUGCAGGCGUCUUAAUCGCUCUGUACCAGGAGAUGUGGGAUGCGAUUGGGAAAUGCGGUGUUUACGGGCACAACGACUUGGACGAGGUCAUCGCUGACGCGUGGCUUGAAGUCCUGGUGGAUAGAAACACGCCGGACGCCCUUCGUCUGGCAAGACGCAUUAUAAGCGCAACACACAGGCGGAACCCAGCGAUCUGUUCCUGGACUCCCUUGCUCAUUACACAGCAGCUGGAGGCAUCGUCUCACGAAACAGACAGCAAGUUUGUCAACACAUUCUUCAGGAAGUUUACAGGAGACGCGAAGCUGCAGAAUAUAAUCCAGGUUACGGAAUUCCUGGUAGCCUCGAAAAAGCAUCAUCUACUCGAAAGAUGGCAAGACUGCCUGUGUGCUUUGGAGAAUGCCCAAAAAAUGAUCUCACCGCAGGUUUGGACCAAUGUCAGAGCCAUCCAAGAUCCGACCAGCGCAUCCCAUUUCUCCUUUCAUCAUCAGAUCAUCCUGCGUCUUUGGGUACUGAGGGCUCUCAGCAACAGCCUGGACGGAGGACCACUCUGGAGACCCGGUACAGCAUGGACGGACUAUGUUGCUUACAGCCUCUUGGACAUUUACGGGGUUUCCAGAAAGGGGCUUAAUCCCAAUGACUUCAUGGAGAGCAUGAGGAAAGCAAUUCAUCAUUUGGGUCUGCCAUUCAACGGUCUACUCAUGUAUUUGUUUGAACUCAAACUCGGAAAGAAGAUGACCAAAGCGGCGCGAAAGACCCUUCAGAGGCUAGAGACCUCCGACAUACCUCUUGAGGACUCAUUUGCAGACCUUCAAACAUACAACGCCAUGAAGCCUCACAUAUUCUCAGCUUUCGAAAAGAACGUGCGGCAAACUGACGUCACAGAUCCUUCAUUCAUCAAGCACAUGCUGCACAUUGUACGAAAUGGAAACUCUCGGAAUACCUGGACAUUAAUUCGCCUCCUUCGAAGCCACACCCCACUUAAAAUCUCGCUGUCCAAAUCCUUCCUACCGAUUCCAGCCCCGUCCGAGAAAGCACUUGUGCGAUACUACGACCAGCCUCGAAGUGCCGGAUGUCCGGACCCCCAUGCUGCGUUGGAAAUGAUCCAUUCAUUGGCAAAUUCGAUCUCAUGUUCCAGGAAUCUGAGUCCAUGCCGCGCCUACUCCUUGGUCCACUGGCUCUAUGUUUUUCUUUUGAAGCAUGGCGCCCCAGUGAAGCCGGUUAUCGCGAGAGCAAUGUACCAUGCUGGUGUUGUGCGAUAUCGAAGGGAAGGCCUUCGCGUUUCUCCGACGCAGUAUGCGUACAUCAUGGAAAUUGUUAAGGAAUAUGAGGAUCCUGAAUUCGUGGAUGUUCUCGUGGAUGCGCCGCAGGUAGGCGCAACGCAUGAGGAGCUGAGCGAUUUUGAAGAGGAUGGUUAUAUUUACGGAUAA